AUGGCCGUGGAUACUACAGCAGAAAAGACCCCUUCCCCCAAGCUAACACCGCACGGGCAGGCUGUCCCACCUGAGCCUGCGGGUCAGCUCGAUGCAGAUGACAAUAUCACCGACGAUGAUUCGGCGAUUGGCCAGACUGACGAUGAAAGCUCAACUGCUUCAUUGACUUCUACUAUUUACAAAUACAGAGAGGAAAAUGGCCGAACCUAUCACGCUCACAAAGACGGCGCAUACAUUGGUCCGAAUGAUUCUCAGGAACAGGAGCGACUGGACUUUCAGCAUGGACUUUGUCUGUUGGCUUUUGACAACCAGCUUGUUCUUGCCCCCAUCUACAAAGAGGGCAGCAUCCCUGUACGUCGCGUUCUUGAUGUCGGUACUGGAACAGGCAUCUGGGCCAUUGAUUUCGCCGACGAACACCCUGAAGCUGUCGUUACCGGAGUGGACCUAAGCCCAAUCCAACCAUCUGUUGUACCGCCGAAUGUUCAGUUUCAAGUCGAUGAUAUGGAAGACGAAUGGAAUUUUUCUGAGCCCUUUGACUAUAUCUACUGUCGAUUUAUGACCGUCUCAUUUGCCAAUUGGCCGCGAUUCUUUGAACAGAGUUUCGAAAAUCUGUCACCUGGUGGCUGGAUGGAGGUCGUGGAUAUUCUUCCUCCCACAUCUGAUGACGGUACUAUGUCACCCGAUACAGCACUUUACAAAUGGUCACACCUUUUGCUUGAGGCCACGGAGAAGAUCGGUCGUCCGUUUGGCGGCACAGCAUUUUAUAAAUCCCAGAUGGAGGAUGCUGGUUUUAAGGAUGUUAGCCUCCGAGUUUAUAAGUGGCCUCAAAACCGCUGGCCCAAGGAUAAAAAGUACAAAGAGCUAGGCUCAUGGACACUUGAGAAUAUUUCAAGUGGCCUCGAAGCAAUUAGCAGCGCCCUAUUCACUCGAGUCCUGGGCUGGUCCAAAUCUGAGUUAGAUGGGUUCCUUACCGAUGUCCGAAAAGACAUCAAGAACACGUCUAUUCAUGCUUAUUGGCCUGUUUAUGUAAUCUGCGGACAGAAACCAUCUUGA